GAAGGGCGCCACUUUUAUGAGUUGAGAAAUCUAAUGGAGUCCCCGCCAGGAGAGCACACGUCAAUGGCAGAACAAUCCAAAAUCAAUCAAAAAUCAGGCUCCCAAUUCACAACGACGCCCUCCAACACUGUUCAAAACCCAUUUCCAAAACUUCCUCCCCGAAAGUAUCCUCCUCAGACCAACAGGAAAAUAACCCAGAGUAACGUGGAUAUUCACAAUUCCCCCUACUUCAAAAUCCGUUCUCUUGUUCACGAACUUCGACCCCAUUUCGUUGAGGUUCUCCAGACACCAGACUUCCAAAAUUGCAAUGGGGCUCAUGAAAUUAGAAUGCAGAUGAAACUUAUGAUGGAUUUAUAUAAAAAGAUGACCAUGGAGGCACCUCCAAUGGGGAACUUUAAAAAUGUUUCAGAACAUCAGCCUUUGUCAGGUGCACGCGUUCAGGGAAAAGAAACUCGAGUUGGGCGCCGAGGAAGAAAACCAUCAAAGCAGCCAAAGCUACAUCUACCUGAACAGGUACCAACAUUUGAAAAGCCUCUACAACCACCGCAAUUCAGCUAUAUUGAUAGCCAGCCCAAGGGAUCGUACAUUGUGGGUGGGUCAUCUCUUGGUCGAAACUUCAUCACAUUUAGAGGCAGUAAACCAGUCUAUUAUGGGGUGACGAAAGAGAUGCAUCAACAUUCUCUUAGGCAGAAAAAGGUUAAUCUAUGAGAACCCAUUAGUGCUUUAGAAGCUAAAAGGCCAAAAUGGUAUGUCAUUUUGAACCGGAACAGAUAGAACUGCUCUUACUACAGAGUUUUCAUACACACACCUUUGUUAUAGUUGUUUUCACAGCCAAAAGUUACUGAGAGUCAGCAUGAUUUUAUGUUACAACCCAUCUUUGGAACAGUGUGGAUUUGAUAAACCAUAUUCUUGGAAACAAUUCUUGUGCCAAUAGCAGUCUCUUACCUCCAUUUUUGUGAUUGCAACAUUCAUUGUAAACCUUACAUCAACUUUUAUAAAGGCUGAAUUCAGAAUGUUGGAAGUGCAGCAGUGUUUUAGCUAUUGAAUCACCUUCGAUUA